AUUCCGUCCCCGUUGGUAACUAGGGCUGGUAGACGCGUCCAGACUGCAAACAGUAUUUCAUCAUUUUGUCUGUAGCAUGCAGCGGCCAAAGCUGCCAACCUAUGAAACGCUUUGAGAAGCCGGACGCUUUGGGAGGCCGAGGCGGGUGGAUCCCCUGAGGCCAGCCUGGGAGACAUAGUGAGAUUCUGUCUCUCAAAAAAAUUUUUAAAAAAUUACCCCUGAUGUGGUGCGCGCCUGUAGUCCCGGCUACUCGGGAGGCUGAGGCGGGAGGAUCGCCCGAGCCUGAGAGUUCGAGACCAGCCUGGGCAAAGUAGCGAGACUCCGUCUCUUAAAAAAAAUAAGUAGCCGUUUUUCUGGGUGGGUGCAUCCCUCUCUGCUUCCUCGCUCUCCAACUGGCCCUGGUCCUGGGGGCGUGAAGGCUACGAUCUGGAGAGACAGAACGGCGGGCUGACUCUGGAGGACGGGCCUAGACCCCAUUCAUUCAUUCAUUCGUUCUGUCACCCACCCGUCCUGCGCGCACGCGAGCCACCCUAAGCCCCAGGACCUCAAGAACCCCCACCCCACGGGGCACAGACAAGGACAGAUGGCCAGCGCCUGGAAGCCGCGUGCCUGACCACGUCUGCCCGAGCGAGUACCGCCUCCCACCCGGGAGGCAGGAGGGCCGCGACCGUCGGGCCGCGCCCAACGUCUCCCGCUCAGGGGCGCGCCGCCUCGCUUUCAGCGCAUGCGCGCCCGGGAGCCCGCCCGGGGCGUCGGCGCACGCGGUCCCCACUGGCCGGCUUGCGUACGCGCUCCCGGCUCGCCCUCCCACGCGGUCCACCUCGCCUCCCGCCCCACCCUAAGCGCAGCGCCCGCCCGAGCGGCCAACCGAACCGCGCUGCGUGCGUGCGCGCACGCGCGGGCCACGUGGGCGGGCGCCGCACCGUUGCCCCGCCCCUUGCAACCCCGCCCCGCGCCGGCCCCGCCCCUGCUCGCGCGCCGGCGUCGGCUGCGUCUCCGGCGUUUGAAUUGCGCUUCCGCCAUCUUUCCAGCCUCAGUCGGACGGGCGCGGAGACGCUUCUGGAAGGAACGCCGCGAUGGCUGCGCAGGGAGAGCCCCAGGUCCAGUUCAAACUUGUAUUGGUUGGUGAUGGUGGUACUGGAAAAACGACCUUCGUGAAACGUCAUUUGACUGGUGAAUUUGAGAAGAAGUAUGUAGCCACCUUGGGUGUUGAGGUUCAUCCCCUAGUGUUCCACACCAACAGAGGACCUAUUAAGUUCAAUGUAUGGGACACAGCCGGCCAGGAGAAAUUCGGUGGACUGAGAGAUGGCUAUUAUAUCCAAGCCCAGUGUGCCAUCAUAAUGUUUGAUGUAACAUCGAGAGUUACUUACAAGAAUGUGCCUAACUGGCAUAGAGAUCUGGUACGAGUGUGUGAAAACAUCCCCAUUGUGUUGUGUGGCAACAAAGUGGAUAUUAAGGACAGGAAAGUGAAGGCGAAAUCCAUUGUCUUCCACCGAAAGAAGAAUCUUCAGUACUACGACAUUUCUGCCAAAAGUAACUACAACUUUGAAAAGCCCUUCCUCUGGCUUGCUAGGAAGCUCAUUGGAGACCCUAACUUGGAAUUUGUUGCCAUGCCUGCUCUCGCCCCACCAGAAGUUGUCAUGGACCCAGCUUUGGCAGCACAGUAUGAGCACGACUUAGAGGUUGCUCAGACAACUGCUCUCCCGGAUGAGGAUGAUGACCUGUGAGAAUGAAGCUGGAGCCCAGCGUCAGAAGUCUAGUUUUAUAGGCAGCUGUCCUGUGAUGUCAGCGGUGCAGCGUGUGUGCCACCUCAUUAUUAUCUAGCUAAGCGGAACAUGUGCUUCAUCUGUGGGAUGCUGAAGAUGAGUGGGCUUCGGAGUGAAUGUGGCAGUUUAAAAAAUACUUUCAUUGUUUGGACCUGCAUAUUUAGCUGUUUUGGAACGCAGUUGAUUCCUUGAGUUUCAUAUAUAAGACUGCUGCAGUCACAUCACAAUAUUCAGUGGUGAAAUCUUGUUUGUUACUGUCAUUCCCAUUCCUUUUCGUUUAGAAUCAGAAUAAAGUUGUAUUUCAAAUAUCUAAGCAAGUGAACUCAUCCCUUGUUUAUAAAUAGCAUUUGGAAACCACUAAAGUAGGGAAGUUUUAUGCCGUGUUAAUAUUUGAAUUGCCUUGCUUUUAUCACUUAAUUUGAAAUCUAUUGGGUUAAUUUCUCCCUAUGUUUAUUUUUGUACAUUUGAGCCAUGUCACACAAACUGAUGAUGACAGGUCAGCAGUAUUCUAUUUGGUUAGAAGGGUUACGUGGUGUAAAUAUUAGUGCAGUUAAGCUAAAGCAAUGUUUGCUCCACCUUCAUAUUGGCUAGGUAGGGUCACCUAGGGAAGCACUUGCUCAAAAUCUGUGACCUGUCAAUAAAAAUAAUGUGGUUUGUACAUAUCAAAUAGAUAUUUUAAGGGUAAUAUUUUCUUUUAUGGCAAAAGUAAUGUUUUAAUGUAGAACUUCAAACAGGAUGGAACAUAGUGGAUGGCAGGAGGUUGGGAAUUCUUGCUGUUAAAAAUAAGUACAAAUUUUGCACUUUUUUGUUUGAAUGUUAGACGCUUAGUGUGAAGUUGAUACGCAAGGAAAAUGGUCCAUGUUUACCCACAGUUUUCAGGUACUCCCAGAUUUUAAAGAUGUCUUGAACAUUAAGUUCUUCAGCAGUUCACACUACACCGUUUUUUUGUUCCCCCCCCCCACCUGCCCCGAGGGUUUUUUUGUAGGGCAGCACAGCAGAGCAGGACAUGGAUGAAAUACUAGGAAUAUGCACAGUGGGCCAGUGUGGGGGCUUCUCAGUAAUGGAGAACAGUUGGUGAACCUUUUUUUUAAAACUAAGCAUUUAAUUUAUCUUGCGUAUUUUCCACAUUUAAAAGUGAAUUAGGUCUAUUAGGAUAAUUAGGAGUUUGAUCCCAUCAACACUAUUCUUGUAGCAGUUAGGAAUCUUAAGAGCUAUUUUUUUCUCAUACAAUUACUAUAGUCCAGUUUACCAAAGUUUUCUUUAGAUGUCUGAUAAUCUUGAGAUGAUUGCUUACCUUAAAAGGUAUGGAAAGGAUCACUUAAAUAUAUGGAAAAAUGAAAUAAGGGUGAAGCUGAAUAAAGUUCUACUUACUGUAUUAACUGGCAACAGUUGAGUUUCUUAAGAUCUGAAUUGCUGUGUAUGUUACGCUGUAUUCAGAACCAGUUUCUAACCAGCCUGUGAGAUGGGAAGUUUUUUCCCCAUAAUUGGGAUGAAACCUUUCAUUCAGAUAUUUUGAAUUGAAGGUGUAUGUGUUGUUUGUAACCUUGUGGAGAUUGCAAGUGGUGUUGACAUUCUGGAUCUUCUAUGUAACAGUUGAAAUUUGGAAGUGACGUCACUUACCUGUCUAACGUGGUGUGGGAGAGAAUUUACAAGUCCUUUAUUGAAAGAAUAAUUGUUGCAAAAUAUAUUGCUUCUACUUUGCCUGGA